GUGUGUGUGUGUGUGUGUGCGCGCGUUUUGUACCUCUCUUCAUCUCUUACACCUGCUGGAACUGCGCACUGAGAGGUUUCUGAUAAGGAAUACACUUCAGAGCUGCAUGGGGCUUAUUCCACCAGAUGAAACAGGGAACCUAAAAAAUAAAUUAAAAAACCAGCGCAUGAUUUUAAAAAGCAACUAAGCUAAAUAUUGAGAAAUAAAGAGGAGGAGCUCUUUUUUUUCCUCCCUUUCCUUUUGGGCUGAGCCUCGAGGCGGAACAGAGGCGGGGAGGAGAAGAAAAACAGGCUAAAUCAUGCUGCUUAUCCGCUGUGACCAUGGCAAGGCCGUCUUCUGCCCGCGCUCCAGGAACGCUGCCGCUGGGCAAGACUGAGGCGGAGGGCGAGCUGGAGGAGUCCGCCGGGUCGCCGGGGAAACCCGCGCCCGGGAGGGCCCCGGCUGAAAUGUACCUGGAGGAGAGCCGGCCCGGGACGGGGACGGGGACGGGGACGGGGACCGGGACGGGGUCGGGACCGGGCGCCGUGGCGAUCAGCUACCUGGACGGCGGUUACGACUACGUGGGCCCGUCCGCCGCGCUCUACGGCGGCGCCGGCGUGAGCUACUACCCUGUGCCCGCCGCCGCCGCCGCUGCCGCGGAGGCCCAGGGACCCGCCUCCGACGCCAGCCUGCACUCCCUGGGCAGCCUGCCCGGCAGCCCGCUGGUGUUCCUGCCCGCCAGCCCGCAGCUGUCCCCCUUCGUCCACCCCGCCCACCUCCCCGCCGGCCAACAGGUGCCCUACUACCUGGAGAGCACCGCAGCCACCCCUGUCUUCAGCAGGCAGAACAUCGGGGGCAAAGCACAGACCAUGCGGGACCAGUUCAACGGCGUCUCUGACAGUCAGCCGACCGUGGGGUCAUCGGAGACAACGAAGGAGACGCGCUACUGCGCGGUCUGCAGCGAUUACGCCUCGGGAUACCACUACGGCGUGUGGUCCUGCGAGGGCUGCAAGGCGUUCUUCAAGCGGAGCAUUCAAGGUCACAGUGACUACGUGUGCCCCGCGACGAACCAGUGCACCAUCGACAGGAACCGCAGGAAGAGCUGCCAGGCCUGCCGACUGCGGAAGUGCUACAAGGUCGGCAUGAUGAAGGGGGGACUGCGUAAGGACCGCGGGGGGCGCCAGCUGCUACGGGAGAAACGCAAAGAGGCGGCGCAGCAGGAGAAGGGCUACGCCGACCUGGUCAGCCCGCCCCUGCAGGCCCCGGUCCCGCUGGCCGGCGGCGGGCGUGGCCUGGCCGUGCCGGUGGACCAGGUGCUGCCCCUCCUGCUCAGCGCCGAGCCGCCCAGCAUCUGCUCCAAGCAGAAGCACAGCCGCCCCUACACCGAGGUCACCAUGAUGACCCUGCUCACCAACCUGGCCGACAAGGAGCUGGUGCACAUGAUCGCCUGGGCCAAGAAAGUACCCGGGUUCCAGGAGCUGACGCUCCACGACCAGGUGCAGCUGCUGGAGAGCUCCUGGCUGGAGGUGCUGAUAAUCGGGCUGGUGUGGCGCUCGAUCCAUAGCCCCGGGAAGCUCCUGUUCGCCCAGGACCUGAUCCUGGACAGGAACGAGGGCAGCUGCGUGGAGGGCAUGGCCGAGAUUUUCGACAUGAUCCUCGCCACCGUCGCUCGCUUCCGCGCCCUCAAGCUGCAGUCGGAGGAGUUCGUCUGCCUCAAGGCCAUCAUACUGCUCAACUCCGGUGCCUUCCCCUUCUGCACCAGCUCCGUGGAGCCCCUGAACGACAGCUUUACGGUGCAGUGCAUGCUGGAUAAAAUCACGGACACCCUCAUAUAUUACAUCAGCAAGUCGGGGCUGGCGGUCCAGCAGCAGUCCAGGAGGCAGGCGCAGCUGCUCCUGCUGCUCUCGCACAUACGACACAUGAGCAACAAAGGCAUGGAGCACUUGUACAGCAUGAAGUGUAAGAACAUGGUCCCGCUGUACGACCUGCUGCUGGAGCUCCUGGACGCCCACAGACUGCACUCCCCCACCUGGGUGGGGCGGGCCAAGUCCCCGGGGGAGAACGGCCCCGCCCCUGUGACCUGCCACAUCCAGAACAGCCUCAACGUGGGGUCCUAACACGUCCCCACAAACCCCCCCCCCCCCACCCCCCCAAAUUCAGCCAACGACCGCUUCAGGUGAAUUGAGGUUGUGGCUCUCUCUGGAUCUCUCGUCUUGAGUCGGGAACAAAAAAGUUCCAAAAUAAAGGUCCCGUAAGGAACAGCUUUUUCACCUUUGGGCUGCCACAAAACAAACCUCGCAAGGGCCGAUUUAAUUUCACGAGGCGCAUCGCGAAGCGCAUUUCAUUUUCGGAGAUGUGAAAGUCCAGAUCGCGUGUUUUAAAAAAAAAAAAUAAAUAAAUAAAAAAAGCUAAUUAGGGAGCGCAGCUGCGCCGGCGGGCCGCCAUCGCAUAUGCAGUGGGACUCCGGGGGCAGGGGGACGGUCUGUAACUGUGUCUGCACUGUGACAUCCUCCCACGCCGCUGAGUCACAGCUCCGCAUCGCAGCCAACCAAUGAAAAGGAGGCAAUUAGUGUCCUGUAGAUUUCUGCUAUGUAUUCCAGAAAAAAAAUCUCUGGGUUUCAAUCUAGACGGGAAAGUUUACCAUCAAUACAAAAAACUAUGUGUUUUCAAACAUGCAGCAUAAAUAUAUAAAUAUAUAUAUGUGUGUGUGUGUGUUUAUAUAUGCAUAUGCAUAUAUAAACACAAGUGAGUAGAAAUAUUUACUACUGUGUUUAGACAUAUAUUAACAAAUAUAUAUAUAUAUUAUAUAUAUGAUAAAAUAUUUUUAAAUGUACUUUGCAGUAUAAAAAAAAGUUAAUUUUAUUUUGUUACAUGUACACUUGAAUAUUUCAAAUUUAGAAAGAUAUCACAUUACACCCCUUGAAUUAGAGAAUUCUUGUUGCUGCUGUGUACUGACAUAUUUAUCUGCCAUCUUAAAAGUGUAAAAUAUAUUUAAAAAACAGUUUUAAAAAAGAUUACAUUUGGAAGUGCCUGUGAUGGUCGACUGCCAUAACAGAGGCUGAGUGGACUGUUUAGUUUUAGGUUCACCGGAGGACUAAUAAUUGAACAGGAGAAACUGUGUACUUGAAUAAAUAACCAGAACCAGAAAAUUGUAAAAAUUAGGUUUUUUUUGUUGCUUUCUGGAUUUUAUGGCACGUGCAGCAAAAACUGAAAUCAAGUCCAACAUAUUUGAGGAAACAAGUUUGGACAAAAUGUGAAAUUUUUAUUCGUUUUUUUUUUCUCUGGAAAUUAUGAUUUGAAGUCCGGAAAGCUAUUUAUAUUUACUUAUUUAAGGCCUUUUCACAGCGUGACCCUUGACCUUUUCUGUUUUAAAGUGUAUCCAGGUAUGACGGAAGGAACACACAAAUCAGCUUCUCUUUCUUCAGCUUCAGUAUAGUGCUUAAAAAACCCCUAUUUUUAACAAAACAUAAAAUUAAUGCAUAUUUAGGUUUACAUGUUUUCUAAAAUGUGAAAGCUUUCUUGACUUCAUGUAUGAUCACAGUGUUUUCAGUGGGGGGGGGGAGGCGGGGAGAUAUUCUAUUCAUAACAAAACGGCUUUCAAAAUAUUUUGUGCAAAAAUAUAUUUACCCAUCCGCGGGACAAUGCAUGAAAGUAAUUAAGACUGUAGAUCUUUCUUUGUACAUUCUGAAGAGUUUUUUCCCUACUAAUGAAUUGGCUUAUUCCAGAGCCUGGUCUUGUGGAUCUCUUUAUGCGAGGUUGAAGUUCUCCUGCACUUUUAACCAAGUGGUUCAGUCAAUGCAGAACGCUCUAGAAAUUAAUACUAAAAUUAUUAACACAAAUUAGAACGAUGUAUCAAGAAAGCAACUGACAUUGGCUACUUGUGGUCUUCGCAGAAUAUGUAUGUUCAAGGAUGGAUUUUUAUCCAGUGUCUUUACAUGCAAGUUAAACGCAUUUUUUCCGGAUUGGCCAAUGUUGCAUGGUGUACUAUUUCAAGGAAAGCUGUACGGUUUCCUUUGUUCUGUGACUAAAAUUACUCAUUUCCUCCCUGAAGUGCAUCAUCAGUACAAACCGAGUCUGCAAAGUGAAGUGACCUUUCAAAAAAAAAAAAAAAAAAAAAGUGGAAUUUUAAAAAUAAUUCUGUGUUCUUUUUUUGAGCCGAGUGAUUGGAUGACAGUGUGGUUGUGAAGGUUACGGUACUCAGCCUGUCAAACAAAAUAUAACGGGCUCAUGUCCUUUACCAGAGAUGCUGGCGCUAAACAUUCAGUCUCAAGUUGCUUCAGCGAAUGUCAGAGUCUGAAUGCAACUGUGUGUGUGUGUAAAAAAAAAAAAAAAAAAAUUUUCAAAUGGCAUACGUUGCCUUUGUUUGAAUGAGUUAAAAACUCAAACUUGGCUUUGACACCCAAAACCGGUAAGGCAAGAAGUCUCCUUCUGUUUGUUAGUACUUUGCGUCUGAAAAACCCGCAUCUUCUUGAAUUUUUGAAUUGCUUUCCUCUAUUAUGCAUUAAUUUUGAUAUUUCAGUGAAGGCAAACUGUCAAAUAACAGCAUCCACAGGCAAAACUGCCCCUUCCUGUCCUCCCCUUUUGGGUCACACGACACAGGCUUUGGCACAAUGAGGUACGAAAUGGUUUUAGCAGAAUAGUAACCCAUGUCACAAUAUGAAAUGUGAGAACUCAUUUUUUUGUGGAUUUCUGUACACUGAUGCAAGAGAAAAGGUUUAAAAGCUAAAGCUUAUAUGUGAAUAUACCUGUGCUUAUCUGGAAAUGUAUGGUAUCGCGUGUACAUGGGCUGGCUUGUGGCUUUAUAUUAUAUAUGAAUAUUGAGGACCUUAUUAUUUUUUAAGUGCCUUACAAUUGAAGUGACCAGAGGCUUAAUGAGGGAACCUCUUUGUAUUGUAAUUCACCAGCAAGCUCACAGUUAAGUGGUUAUCUCCAUCGAUGAGCCUCACAGAUAAAAAAACUAAACAAAAAAACAAAAACGUGUAUGCCUGUUUUCUUGAUUAACAUGAAUGCUUCUUUAAAGUUAAGGAAACAUUUUUUUGCUUCAGCACCUGUGAAAAUAAAACUCUCCUUGAGACAGGCAAACGCUUACAUAAUGUGAGUUUUUUUUAAAACAUUAUGCCCUGCUAUGAAUAAAUGCGAUUAAAAUGAAAACGUGUUAUUCUGGACUCCUGAUGGGAACCUGUCCACAUUUAUAAAUAUGUUAUUGUAAUGAAAUGUGUGUAAUUAUAUAUAUACAUAUUAAUUCAUUGUAAUUUUACAACUUAUGCCAUAUACCAUGACAAUACCAUCAAUGUUUGUAUCCAUGACACAAACUGCAGUUAAUAUGUAUUGUAGGUUUUUAUUGUAGGCUACUUCCUGAUAAUUGCCUCAAGGAUUGUCGAAGUAUAGCCAGAAAGUAUCCACCAAUCACCUUUAAGAGUCGUGUGAUAUAGAUUUAAAAAUACAUGUGUAUGUGUAUUGUAUACCAUGAGCAACAUGCACUCUGUAUACUAUAGGCUACAUGUGAAUGUGCUGCAUAUUUGUAUGGACGAAGUUUUAUUAAAGAAUUUCAUGGUUGAAUAUGAUCAUAAA